AUGUCUCCGUUCCGGUUAGUUUAUGGGAAAGAGUGUCACCUGCCGGUUGAAUUAGAGCAUCGAGCUUAUUGGGCUAUUAAAAAGCUCAAUUUUGACAUAAAGGCAGCUGGAGACAGGCGUCGCUUGCAACUGAAUGAGCUUGAAGAAUUACGGCAUGAAGCCUAUGAGAAUGCCAAGUCAUACAAGGAGCGAGCAAAACAGUACCAUGACAAGAAGCUUGUACGGAAAACUUUUUAUGUUGGACAGAAGGUGCUGGUGUAUAACUCUCGUUUGAAAUUGUUUCCGGGCAAGCUCAAAUCCAAGUGGCAUGGCCCUUAUGUGAUCCACGCAGUGUUCCCUCAUGGUGCAUUGGAGUUAAAACAUCAGGAUUCUGAUCGGACAUUUAAGGUUAAUGGCCAUCGAGUGAAGCCUUAUUGGGAGAAUGUAGAAGUUCCUGUGGAUGAAGUGAUAUUCCUCCACGCUAUUGAUCUCUGA